ACAUGCAGGGAACAGCACAAGAGCUGUGGACAUCUGAGCGCCUUCUCUCGCUCCGCCCAGACUUUCCUAUGAGAACAGGUUGGCACAAAAGAGAAUUCAGUUAUCCAUAACAUCUCGUUAGACGUGUGUUCUAUCUCCGCACAACUGAAAUAAAAAUGCGCGCGUAUCUGGCACUGCUGGUUACGCUUACCUUACCUGGAUAUCUGGAUGCGCUUCACGGAUUAUACGCCUUUGACCAGCCCGAGCUCUUUCAGAAAAAGAGCAACUGCAAACCCAUACCUGCAAACCUGCUCCUGUGCCAUGACAUCGAGUACACGGACAUGCGUCUCCCAAACCUCCUCGGACACGAAACCAUGAACGAGGUUCUGCAACAGGCAUCUUCCUGGACCCCUCUGGUGCAGAAACAGUGUCAUCCGGACACCAAGAAGUUUCUCUGCUCUCUGUUCGCUCCGGUGUGUCUGGAUGAUCUGGACGAGCCGAUUCAGCCGUGCAGGUCGCUAUGUGAGAGCGUGAAGAGCGGCUGCGCUCCAGUGAUGGCCGCUUUUGGGUUUCCUUGGCCGGACAUGCUGGACUGCAAUCGCUUCCCUCUGGAUAAUGACCUGUGCAUACCACCUGUUGGUGCAGAUGUUUUAGUGCCAGUUACCAAGGAAGUUCCAAAGGUGUGUGAUGCCUGCAAAGAAAAGCCUGAGAAUGACAAUGAAAUUGUGGACAGCCUGUGCAAAAAUGACUUUGCUUUAAAGAUCAAAGUCAAGGAGAUCUCCUACAUGAAUGGUGACACCAAGAUCAUUCCAGAAUCCAAGAGCAAGACUAUCUACAAGCUGAAUGGUGGGAUCACUGAGCGUGACCUCAGGAAGACAGUGCUUUGGCUGAAAGAUGGUCUUCAGUGUGUGUGCGACGAAAUGAAUGACAUCAACGCUGCUUAUUUGGUGAUGGGCCAGAAGAUGGAUGGACAUUUAGUCAUCACAUCACUGAAGCGCUGGCAGAAGGGUCAGCGGGAAUUUAAGAGAAUUUCUCGCAGUAUUCGCAAACUUCAGUGCUAGGAUUGUCCACUGAUCAGAGCACUCAAAGGAUCUUGAAAAUGAAGACCUGUAACAGUCACACCAUAGAUACUGUAGAUGCAAAAGUUCAUUCAAAACCCUAAUGUCUGCUUUCCCAGUGCCAUUUUGAGAACUGGUCAUUCAGAUCUCAGGAUUGAGGGUGGUGGAGCUGUCAGAUGUAACUGUCAAAAAGUACCUAGCAUUGAUUCAGCAUAGUUCCAACUUUUCAUUUCCCCUCAUGACUUUUGUCAAUUUAUUUUACCUAUCAUAUUCACUAUUGACAAUACUCAUUUGCAGAACAGUUUCCAGAGAGAUGUUUUAUAUCUUCAAGUCUCAAUUUUUCAAUGUUAUUAUUUUAAAAUUGGCUGAAAUUAAUGAGAUGCUACAUAAUAUGUGCAAAAUUAUGUGAAACCCCCUUAUAAUUAAUAAGUUUGGCUAUUCCAUUAAUUUCAGUAAAAACAAACUUUAAAGUGAUAGUUCACCCAAAAACCCUCAUGUCGUUCCAAAUCCAUGUUCAUCUUUUGUGACCUUUGUUCAAAUGAAGAUAUUUUUUCAUGAAACCUGCUGUACCUCCAUUGAAAGUCCAUUCAACCAAAAUGUUGACACUUCAAAAAGUUCAUAAAGACAUUGUAAAAGUAGUCCAUAUUAAUCGAGUGGUUUAAUCCAAGUCUUCUGAUCGCUUUAUAUGAUGAACAGAUUUAAUUGAGGCUUUUUUUCACAUAUAAACCUUGAUCAACGCACAUGCAUAGAGCUCAACAAAUAUGGUAAACUUGAAAGCUCAACAAUACUUGCUUAACGCACAAGAACAAACCUCACUAGUUCUUGCAGGAAGCUCAAACGUGCUUCCGUGACACGCAAAAACAAACUUAAUUGAUUCUCGCUUAUCAAGCAAGCAUGUUUGAGCUUCCAUUUACCAUCUUUGAUUUGCUCUAUGCGUGUGCGUUGAUCACUGUUUUUAUGUGAAUAAAAGCCUAAAUUGAAUCUGUACAUCAUUGUUCACCAUGAUUGUGUCUCUUCAGAAGACUUGGAAUUUACCACUCAAUUCAUAUGGAUUACUUUUUACGAUGUCUUUAUGAACUUUUUGAAGCUUCAAAUUUUUGGUUUAAUAGACUUGAAAUGGAGGGACAGAAAAGAAAGUGAAAGAAAGGUCUUACAGACAGAAUUUUCAUUUUUGGGUGUACUAUCCCUGUAAUGCUACGUUAUACAAUGUCAUUCCAGACAAUUCUGUGCUUCCAGCUUUGUUUCAGUGGUUUGUGCAGGGUCUUUUUCUGUUUCUAAAUGACAAUACCUCUUUGCACAAAGCAGUGUCCAUAUAGAAUUGAUUUACUGAGUCGGAUGUAGAUGAAUUUGACCAGCCAGCACAAAGCCUAGACAUGAACCCUACUGAAAAUCUUUAUGAUGACCCUUUGUCAACAAAGUUAAAAUCCAUAGAAUGCCAUUGUAUGUCAUUGCAAUAAUUGUCCUCAUAGAAAUUACUGGAAUAACCAAACCCAUUAAUUAGAAAUGGUUGAUCAUGUAUUUUGGAAAUAUAGUGUAUGUGAGAUGUUAAAAUGGUAGGUGUGAAGAUUUUAAGGCCAUAAGAUUGAUUGCAUUCAUUGCAUGCAGCCAGUAUAGUAUAACCAUAUCACAAACAAUUUUCGGGGGGUGUAGUUCCUAUUUCCCUCUAUCUAUGGUUAAAAAACAUCUUUUAGCCAUGGUCUACAUGCAUUUGAAUCUGCCAACAGUAAGUUAGUUUUGCUAUAAGUACUUUUAUGAGCACAAUGAGAUAGCUGGCUCUAUUCUCAAUGUUUAAGAAUGUCCCAUGUGACACUAGUCUCUGAAGCAUGAUCAUGUAUAUUAAUGUAAAUGUUUUAAUUUCUCCCCAGACAGUUGUGAGAAGGCCAACAAACGCAUGAUUUCUUUAGCCCAGUGUUUUUGUCUCCUUUCUACUUGAGCCUAAAUACUGCACUGUUCCUAUGUUGCAUCUUUUAAAUUUCAAUCAGCAAUUUUAUACACAUAAUAUUGGUUUAUUUCUCUUCUGUGUCAGUUAUAUUAAUAAUGUACUGUAUGGGUCUGUUUCUUGUUAUGCUCACAAAGUUGUUUGCUGUUUUCGUUUGUUUUGGCUUAUGAAUACCCAGUAUUAGAGUAAAGUCACAUGUUGGUAAAACCACAGAGACAUGCUUUUCUCUUGGUCUCAGUGCUCAUGUAGAGCAAUGUUGAUUCUGUUGUACGUUAUGUACAGAAGUUGGUAAGUGACAUUGUCUCAUGGUAAUAUUCAAACUUUUGUCAUACUCUGUAAAUAUACAGGUUUUUAUGUUUGUACAUAUUUUCAACACCUGUAGCAUUUUAUUUGUUCACCGCAGCAGCAAUAUGUUGUCAUUUCAUUUGUGUUAAGUGCAUUUAUUAACACCCACCGUCAUGUAAUGUAGUUUGAUCAUUGAUGAUUUGUAUCAUUUUUUUUCAGCCGUCACACAAUACAAAAUAAGAGCAAAUAAAUUUAAGAAAAGACAA